CUGCGGUGGGAGCCGGGAGCGGCCGAGGAUGGCGGCGGCACCGGCGGCGCGGGAGCUCACGCAGAACCCGCUGCAGAAGACGUGGGAGCCCUACGACAACGGGCUGCCCGCGGGGCACAGCGCCCAGCGCGGCGUAUGUAUGACCAAUUGCCCUACUCUGAUUGUCAUGGUGGGUCUCCCUGCAAGAGGAAAAACCUACAUUUCGAAGAAGCUGACACGCUAUUUAAAUUGGAUUGGAGUGCCUACAAAAGAAUUUAAUGUUGGUCAGUAUCGUCGAGAUUUGGUGAAAAAGUAUAAAUCCUUUGAAUUCUUCCUGCCUGACAAUGAAGAAGGCUUGAAAAUCAGGAGACAGUGUGCCUUAGCAGCGCUGAACGAUGUCCGGCAGUACCUCAGCGARGAGAACGGGCACGUGGCUGUCUUUGAUGCUACAAACACAACUCGAGAACGUAGAGAAACUAUUUAUAAGUUUGGUGAAGAAAAUGGAUAUAAGACUUUUUUUGUGGAGUCCGUAUGUGUUGAUCCAGAGGUCAUUGCUGCAAACAUUGUGCAAGUGAAGCUGGGUAGUCCUGACUAUGUUGAUUGUAGUAAUGAUGAAGCAACAGAAGACUUCAUGAAAAGAAUAGAGUGCUACAAGAAUUCAUAUGAGACCUUAGAUGAAACUCUGGACAAGGAUCUUUCUUACAUUAAAAUUAUGGAUGUCGGAAGGAGUUACCUUGUGAACAGAGUGAUGGAUCACAUCCAGAGCCGGAUUGUCUACUACCUCAUGAAUAUCCAUGUGACUCCUCGGUCAAUCUACCUCUGCCGACAUGGGGAGAGUGAACUCAAUCUGAAGGGGAGAAUAGGAGGAGAUCCUGGGCUGUCUGUCAGGGGGAAAGAAUUUGCCAAAAGCUUGGCACAGUUUAUUAAUGAGCAAAAUAUCAAAGAUCUGAAAGUUUGGACCAGCCAGAUGAAAAGGACAAUUCAGACUGCUGAAGCCUUGGGAGUGCCUUAUGAGCAGUGGAAGGUUUUGAACGAGAUAGAUGCAGGAGUGUGUGAAGAGAUGACAUAUGAAGAAAUACAGGAAAAUUAUCCGCUUGAAUUUGCACUGAGAGACCAAGACAAAUACAGAUACAGAUACCCUAAAGGGGAGUCCUAUGAAGAUCUUGUUCAGAGGUUGGAGCCAGUAAUUAUGGAACUUGAAAGGCAGGAAAAUGUGCUUGUCAUUUGUCACCAAGCUGUCAUGCGCUGUUUGCUCGCAUAUUUUCUUGACAAGCCUGCAGAACAACUGCCCUACCUGAAGUGCCCACUGCAUACUGUCUUAAAGCUUACCCCGGUGGCUUAUGGAUGUAAAGUAGAAUCGAUAUUUCUGAAUGUGGAAGCUGUAAACACACACAGAGAUAAACCUGAGAAUGUAGAUAUUUCCAGACCUCCCGAGGAUGCUCUUGUAACUGUCCCUACUCAUCAGUGAAUCCUGUGUGCUGACCAGCUAUCGAACUCGGGGUGCUGUUUUCAUCCUACUACUUCAAAAUAAAUCGAAAAACUAAUCAUUCCAAUCACUUUGAAAUAAAAAAAAAGCCCCACCCAAACCCAACUCAUAACCCAAACCAAAUGUUUGUACAGCAUGACUUGAAAAAAUUUAUCAAAUCACAAUAAAACUGUUGCACUGGCUGAUUUAUUGUGGAUGAAUUAUCAAACCUUGAUCGGCUCUCAUUGGUUUUGUAAAUUGCAGUAAUUUAAAUAUCGUGCAGCAUCAAGUUUUAUUGUAACAGCCAACAAUCAUUUUGUGUUAGUUGCAGUGUAUUUAUGAAAGCCAYGAAACACAACAUCCUGUGUGAGAUAAGAAAGUCAACAUUUGUUUUGCCCAGCAGAGCACCACUAUUAUCUGUUUCAGGGCCCUUGGGAGUGAUUGGGUUGCCAUGUAAUGUAAAAUAACAUCCCAUAAUUACUGUAAGCCCCUAAUCCUGCUGAUCCGCAGCACUGGUGCUCUCCAUGUGCUAAUUAAUGAUGUGCUGUGUUGGAACAGUAGCAACACAGCUAGUCCUCAUUUAUUUCCAGGACAAUUAUUCAAAGAAUAGGAAUGUGUAUAGAUGUUUUUAAUAUACAACUUUUGUUAACAGCUGUUCUGCAUUAACCAGGCUUUAGGGUUUGCCUGGGGGCAGAAGUGAUUUUAAAUUCCCUCUUUUCUGGUUUU